AUGUCAAAUUUAUUAUAUCAUCCUACGCCACCACCAUUAUUAGUUAAUCCGUCAUCAUACAAUCAAAAUUAUAAUUCAAAUUCGAAUUUGAAAAAUCCUAUUUCAAUCAGAUCUUAUUCAUCAUAUUUACCAUCUCCUCCUUUACCACCUCCACCACCACCAGCUCCAAUUCCUUCAAUAAUGUCACAACCUCAAAUCCCAAAAUUAUCUACAUUUACAUUAAAAAGAUCAAAUUCAACACCUUCUGCAACAACAAUUCCAAAAGAAAGAGAAAAACCAACUCAAGUUGUUUUCAUUUAUAAACUUUAUCAAAUGCUUGAAGAUUUAUCAAUUUCACAUUUAAUUAAAUGGGCUCCUUCAAAUGAUUCAUUUUAUAUUUAUCCAAAUGAAGAUUUCGCUAAUUUGUUAUCACAAUUUUUUAAACAUACAAACAUUGCUAGCUUCAUUAGACAAUUAAACAUGUAUGGAUUUCAUAAAGUUAAUGAGACUUUUCAAGGUAAAAGUGGUGGUAGUCAAUGGGAAUUUAGACAUUCAAAUAAUCAAUUUAAAAAAGGUGAAUAUGAUAAAUUACAAUAUAUCAAAAGGAGAAGUUCAAAGACAUUGAAUAUGCAAAAAGAAGUAGUGGAUCUUAAACCAAUGAGUGAAAAAAUUAGAGAAGGUGAUGAAGAAGUUAAAUCACCUUUAAGUGUUACUCCACCACCUCCAAUUUGUAAAAGAGUGAGAAGACAUAGAAGUCAAAGUCAAAUUCUUUCUCAGCCACAAACUCAGCCACAAACUCAACCACAAACUCAACCACAACCUCAAAUUCAAGUCAUUCAACCUGCUCUACAAAUUCCACAACAACAAGAAAGUCAAGAACGUUUACUACUGCCUCAUCAAAUACAACAAAUGUCACAACCACAAUUUAUUCAUCAUCAACCAAUUCCACAAGCUCCUCAAUUUUCACAUUUUUCAUUUGCACCUCAACAACAAUCCAAUGAUGAUUUAGUUAAUCAAAUGAAUGUACUCAAUUCAAAGCUUAAUAAUUUAAGUAAUGAAUAUCAAAAUCAAAGAAAUGAUUUACUUUCACUUAUAAAAAUUAUUGAUUCGUAUAAUUUACAAAACUACCCUAGUUUAAUUAGUAUGAAGAAUAGAAUUAAACAGAAAAUGGAUUUAAACCAUCCAAGAACAAUGUCACUUCCUAAUCCGGUUGAAAAGGAAUGUUAUUUUACACACAAAACUAAAUUGCCACUGGUAUCUGACUUAAUUAGCUUACCACCAUUGAACAAUGAUGUUAAUUUGAAAAAGAGAAAAUUGGAAUAA